AUGGGUUUCAAGCUUGCACAAUGCGGACGGGUCGUGUGCCGCCGCUUCAAUAGUCGCGUGCUGUAUGUCCCUGGUUCUGGACUACGACCUGAUACGACCUCCAUCGCCGCCAUCGCCAAUUCGUACGCUGCAAAGGCCAGUGUGCUCCAACUGCUCUCCCUGAGCAAGUCGUAUGCCACGGAUGCUGCUACGCCAAAAACCAAGUCGAAGGCUGCACCCAAGAAAGCUGCACCAAAGAAGGCUGAUUCUAAGAAAGCUGAUGCUAAGAAACCUGGUCCCAAGAAAGUUGCCCUUCCACCCAAGCGUGGCCGCCCUGGAAAGACCGAAAAGGAAAAGAAGGCUCAGGCGAAAGAGGACCUGGCUGCCCUCAAAAGCGCAGUUCUGACACUUCCUAAACUGUUACCGGUAACACCAUUUACCGUAUAUGCAACCGGCAAGAAGGGUUCGAUUGUUGGGCAUAGGGAAACAUUUAAAGAGCUGCCUGGAUACGAAGUGGAGGAACUCCGAGAAAUCGCUGAGAAGAAUUCCUCGACCAAUCAACAUAACCUCAAACAAUGGAUUGAAUCCCAUUCUCCCCUUGAGAUAAAGAAUGCCAACGGGGCACGCCGCAAACUCCGCCGCAUUCUGUCAUUAUCAAGCAGGUCUAGAAUCUGCUCCCCGAUCCAUGAUGACCGACGUGUUAAACGUCCGCGUACCGCUUUCAUGAUUUACUCUCUUGAGAAGCAGCGCAGUGGGGAGUACGACCAUACAGGCGCAAUAGAGCGUAUUAUAGAAAUAGCUCAAACCUGGAAGAAUGAACCAGCGAGCGAGAAAGAGAAAUACAAGCAUCUCGAAGUGGAAGAUCGAACUCGAUACAUCAAUGAGUAUAGGGAGACAUACGGUGAAGAGCCAGGUAUGGAGGCCAGUGAAUCUGAGGACUUCUAA